AUGCCCAUAUUCCAUAAAACGGUGCUUGGAGAGGUUCAGGUGGCCAGGCUACACGGACAUUUCUGCCGUACAGUCGCCAUUUCUGUACUCUGUUUCCAAGACUACCGAACAGAAGAAGGAUUCCAUGAUUUGUCUGUCCUAGCUCCAGGGUUCCAGUCAGCUGUACCCCCUUGCCCUGGAAAGAAACUCAAAGCGGAUCGAUUAACUACUGAACCCGGUCGUCAUGGCGCAGGGGACAUGGGAUAUCGUCGGAUGGACGAGGGGAUUCGAGAAGCGUCGACUUUGGUUGAGCUUUUCUAG